AUGGGUAUUCCUAAAUUUUUCCGCUACAUCAGUGAGCGAUGGCCGCUGAUUUCCCAACAAGUGAUUGAUACACAGAUUCCUGAAUAUGACAAUCUGUACCUCGAUAUGAACUCGAUUCUGCACGUGUGCACACACAAGGACGCAGAUGUGACGUUCCAGCUGACGGAAGAACAAAUGUUCCGCGCCAUCUUCGAGUACAUUGAGCAUCUAUUUUCCAAAAUUCGGCCCAAGAAACUCUUCUUUAUGGCCAUUGACGGAGUCGCACCGAGAGCCAAGAUGAACCAGCAGCGAUCGCGACGAUUCCGAACUGCCCUCGACGCCGAAAAGGCCAAGGCCAAGGCUCUGGAGGAGGGCACCAUCCUGAAGGAGGACCAAUUCGACUCCAACGCUAUUACUCCCGGAACCGAGUUCAUGGAGAAACUGACCACCCAACUCAACUACUUUGUGCACAAAAAGGUCAGUGAGGACGCUGACUGGCAGAACAUUGACAUUGUUCUUUCUGGUCACGAGGUUCCAGGAGAAGGAGAGCACAAGAUCAACGAGUGCAUCCGAAUCAACAAGGCCCAGCCUGACUACGACCCCAACACCCGUCAUUGUGUGUACGGUCUGGAUGCCGAUCUCAUCAUGCUGGGUCUGGGUUCCCACGACCCCCACUUCUCUCUUCUGCGAGAAGAGGUUGUCUUCGGUCCCCGACGAGCCGGUCCCAAGGCUCUGGAGGAGCAGAACUUUUAUCUUCUGCACAUUUCUCUGUUGCGAGAGUACCUUGAGCUGGAAUUCCAGGACCUUGCUGACGAGAUUUCGUUUCCCUAUGACUUUGAGAGAAUUCUGGAUGACUACAUCCUGCUCUUCUUCUUCGUCGGAAACGAUUUCUUGCCCAACUUGCCUCAGAUUCACAUCAAUGAGGACUCCCAUGCUCUUUUUGUAGAGUUGUACAAAAAGGUAAUGAAGAUUUCCGACGGCUACAUCAAUGACCGAGGAAACAUCAACUUGCAGCGCCUGGAUCUCUUCCUGGCUGAGAUGGAAAAGUUUGAAAUUGGUAUUUUCGAGGAGCAGGCCAUUGAUCUGGCCUGGAUCAACAAGGAUCUUCCGGAGUUGACUCAAAAAUACAAGUCCAAGCGUGGCGAGAAGCUCUAUCUCUCACCCCAACAGAAGGAGCUGGUUGUGCAGAAACUGCGCCCCUUUGUUGAUGCCCAUCUUAAAAACAAGUCCAAGUCGGACUACGAUCCUGAUAAUUUGCCCGAGAUCGUAUUUGAUACUCUCUCCGAAGAGUGUGAAUCUCUCGUCAAAGAGAUCUCUCUGGACCUCGAUUGCCGAUUUCUCAAGAACUCUUCCACAUCUUGUAUGCUAAUCGUCGAUUACGAUGGCCUCCGAGACGAGGAGAGUCCUGAAGAAGCCACCCAGCGCUUCAUUGGCUACUCCCAGACCCUCAAGCGGUACGAGGCUGCUCCUGUCAAGACCGCCGAGGCGCUGGCCCAGCGAGAGGAGAUUUACAAUCAGAAGUUUGAGGAGUGGAAGGACGACUACUAUAAAAAGAAGUUUGGUUGGUCGACUACCACCGACGAGGGCAAAGCCGAGCUCAAGGCUCUGACCGAAAACUACGUCGAGGGUCUGCAGUGGAUUCUGCACUACUACUACGACGGCGUACCCUCGUGGUCUUGGUACUAUGGCUACCACUAUGCUCCUCGAGUUUCUGAUGUGCGUAAGGGUCUGCAGGCCAAUCUCAAGUUCAAGGCUGGCCAGCCCUUCAAGCCCUUCCAGCAGCUCAUGGGUGUGCUGCCUGAGAGAUCCAAGAAGCUCCUUCCUCAAGCUUACUGGCCCCUGAUGGCCGACUCCAACUCGCCCAUCUAUGACUUCUACCCUAACGACUUUGAGCUGGACAAGAACGGAAAGAAGGCCGAUUGGGAGGCAGUGGUCAAGAUCCCAUUUGUGGACGAGUCGCGUCUUCUGACAGCUAUGGCUACGAAGGAGACUGGUCUUACUGCUGGAGAGAACAAGCGAAACGCAUUUGGCAACAACUUGUUAUUCAAAUACUCGCCCCAGCAGGAUUAUGUCUACCCGUCUUCUAUGCCCGGUGUCUUCCAGAACUUGGAGCACUGUCAUUGUGUGGUUGAGAAAUUUGACUUGCCUUCCAUGGACGGUUUGGACGUGGUCAUCGGCAAGAAGGAUGGCUCCAAGUGGGGCAAGGACAUGUUGUCCGGAUUCCCCUCUCUCAAGACCCUUCCUUACACCUACGACAUUGAGGCUGCUGGUGUUCGAAUCUUCCAGCAGGAUUCGCGAAACAACACUCUGGUGCUCAACAUCAUCAACUCCUACAAGAACCGAUCUCCCGAAUCCAUUGCUCGAGAGUUGAUGGACCAGUCCAUCUACGUCAACUAUCCUUACCUGCGAGAGGCCAAGGUGAUUGCUGUUUCAGACGAGCUGUUCUCUUACACCUUUGAGAACGGCAAGGUCAACAAAUCUCCCCAUUCCGACACCAUGGCCAAGGAGUGGGCCACCGGAUCCCGAAAGAUCAAGAACGACUACAUCAAGAAGCAGGGUAUCAAGAGCGGUAACAUCUUUGUCGUUCUUCAUGUCCGUUUCCUGGCUGGUAUGAAGAAGGGAGACGAUGGAUCUCUUGUCAAGGACUUUACUGGAGCCACUGGUUCUUUCCCUGUUCAGACUAUUGUUGAGAAGGUGGUCAACGAGGAUGAGCGGUACAAGGAGCGAGCUGCUCAGCCUAUCGCUGCCGAGUUCCCUCUCGAGUCGCGUGUCAUUCUCAUGUCCGACUUCUGCUAUGGUGCUGAGGCCCAGGUUGUCAACCACAUUGGCAACACCAAGAUGGAUCUCCAGGUCAAGAAGUCUGCACCCAACUCUCCCGCUGUUGUGCUUGCGGAUGUGGGUAAAAAGAUUGCUCGAACAGAGUACGCUACCACCAAGUACUACCCCUCGUAUCAGGCCGCCAAGAUGGCCGGUAUCCAGUCGUCUCUCCUCGGUCGAAUCUGCUCCAAGUGUCUGAUUCAGAAGGGAGACUCUAAGAUUGACGUAGGUCUCAACCUGCGAAAUGAGGGCAAGCGAGAAAAGGUGCUUGGCUACACCCGGCGAACUCAGCAGGGCUGGGAGUACACCCAGGAUGCCAUUGCUCUGGUCAAGAGCUACUACAACACCUUCCCCAAGCUGGUCGAGGGUAUUGGUUCCAACCGAGACAAGGGCGUGCCUGACAUUUCUGCUCUGGUCAAAGGCGAACCUGCUGAGGUCAACAAGAUGCUUGAAUCUGCUCGGCGAUGGCUCAAGGAGAACGCCUCCCGACUGACUUCUGUGGAUAUUGACACUCAGUCUCUAUCGGUCAAGUCCAUCUCUGUUCUUGAGAACUAUCUCGUCAAGAACGCUGCUGACCCUGAUGCUGUGCGGUUUAUCCCCUCCGUUGUGAAGGGUACUCCUCGUCAGGCUGUUCUUCGACCUGAUGAGGCCUUCCACCAGCUUCGUGGCCAGCGAUUCGAUCUGGGGGACCGGGUUGUGUAUGUCCAGGACUCUGGAAAGGCUGCCAUCUUUUCUCAGGGUACCGUGAUCGGUAUCAAGGCCGUUGGCGUGGAUGUUCGGCUGGAUGUGCUGUUUGAUGACGAGUUUGUCGGUGGCAACAACUUCCAGGGCCGAGCUUCCACCAACCGAGGUCUCAACGUCGCUGCCAACACCGUCAUCAACCUGACCAACCGGCAGAUGAUGUACCGACCCAAGGGCGGCAACCGAGGUGGCAAGGCUAAUGGCCAGCAGACCAACGGCAAGACCAACAACGCCCGGGGCCGAAACAACGGCCGACAGGGUUCUCCUGCCGCUUCUGCAGUGCCCAAGCCCAAGCAGCCCUCUCCUGGUGUCAAGAUUCUUCAGCGACCCAGAGACGCUGCUCCUGUUGCUGAGACCUCUACUUUAGGUGAGGUCCCCACUGCUGUGGCUGCUGCUACCGCUGCUGUAUCAGAGUCUGCUACUGUCCCUCCUGCUCCCGCUCCCAAGACCGAGGAGGAGCUGAAGAAACAGAGCGAGGCUCUUUUGGACUCUCUCAAGUCCAAGACUUCUGCUGACGCCAAGAAGCAGGUCCUGGGCAACGUGCUGAACCAGUACUCCAACCCUCAGCCCCAGGGACCUUCUCAGCACCAGCAGCAGGGCCCUCCUAUGCACUACGGAGGCCCCCAGGGUGGAUUUGUACCCCCUCCCCCUCCCGGAUUCCCUACCCAGGGAUUUCCCCCCCAGGGCUACCUCCCUCAAGGACACUUCCCUCCCGGAUAUUACCCUCCCCAGCCUUUCUACCCUGGUCAGGGUUAUCCUCAGGGACCUGGCCCUCAGAACCAGCAGCACCAGCAGGGCGCUCCUCAGGGAACUCCUCAGGGCAAUGAAGACCUCUCUGCACAGUUGAUGGCUGCCCUGCAGGUUUCUGAUAACUCUCAGCAGCCUGCCACCGGACUUGCCAAUGAAGGAGGCCGAGGACGAGGAGGACGGGGUCGAGGACGUGGAGGACGUGGACGUGGAGGACGUGGUCGAGGUGGACAAGGUCAGGGCGGACAGCAGGAUGCCAACAACCCUCGGAUUCCCCAGGUGACUCCCCGGCCUUAG